AUGGUCAAUCGAUCAUUACAGUGUCCUAAAUUCCCUCCACAUAUAAACAAUUAUACAUUCGGUAUUCAUCCUCCUAAUUCAUCCAAUCAUCAACAUAUCGAUUUGAAGUCAUCACACCACCAGUCAUCCCCUUCAUCAUCAUCAUUAUCUCCAUUACUCAGGAAUAAACGUUUAAGUGAUGCUUCACAUUCACCACCGCAUAUAAUUCCAGAUUUACCAAAUUUAUUAAGAUUUUUCGAUCGUACUGGUCUACAAGUUCUAUGUCGUGCUUCUGGUAAUCCACCGCCUCAAAUUCGUUGGUUCUCUUUGCCAACAAAUGGUGGUCGACCAACAACUACAAAAACAACUAGUGUAGAUCGUUUAUUUAGUAACGCAGAGAGUGGCAGUGGUAGUUCAACUAUUGCUCCAUCCGGUUCAUCCUCGUCGUCGUCAUCAUCUGGUUAUGAUACGGUCGUCUCUGCGAAUUAUCAUACAAUUGAAUUUCAAAAUGAUGAAAAUUAUAUCAGUGAACUUGGCUAUAGUAGUCGUGUCAGAGAAACACCUCAAGCAGAUUAUCAUCAAGAAAUGUCAUCUUCAUCAAUGGAAAAUCUUGGAUCAUCAUCAUCAUCAUCAUCAACUAGUCAACAACAAACUGCAAUGAAUGGUACUACUGGGACUGGGACUGGCACUUCGUCUUCUACAUCCAGUACUGUUACGUCGAAUAUGAAUACAAAUAAUCAGUAUAAUCAUGAUAAUAUUAUUAAACACAAUGCAAAUAAUAAUCAUCAUAAUCAUAAUAAUCAAAUUCUUGUUGGCAAUGGUUGGCUUAAUUUCACAGCGACACGUUCAUCCACAAUGCGUAUGGUAUUUUUUUGUCAAGCUGAAAAUUAUCUCGGACAAGCUCGAUCACGGAAAAUGGUGAUACAUCAAGUUCCAAUGCCAGAUGAAAAUUUAAAAAUUAUCUAUAAUACAUUCCCAAUUAAACCAAGACAAAAAGCUGUUAUCAGUUGUCAACCGGAACAGGGUAUAUUUAAUCGAUUUUUAAAAGUCAAAUAUUGGGAAGUAUAUAUGAAUAAGACAUUAAUUUCCACCAUUGAUCAUUCAUAUGGUCGUUUCAGUAUGAUCAAUGUAACUAAACAUCCAGAAUUACAUAUUCGAUCAAUUACUGAAGCUGAACUCACAUCUAUGGAAGUUCGUUGUGUUCUUCAAUCAAUUGUAGAUGAAUCAGUCACUGUGGAACGUCCAGAACGUGGUCGACUACAACGUUUGCAAUUUCGUUUUUCCUAUGCUGAACUACGUAGUGUCGGUAAUGAGAUCAAUAUUCUACGUGGUUCUACAAUUGAAUUACCUUGGGCUGUAGAAGGUGAAGGUCGUACACAAGUGGAUUGGUAUUAUUUAAAUGAAGCAAGUCGUGUAAGACAAGCUAUAGCAUUGGAUUCAUCCAUCAGUAGUGCUAGCUCUAGCGGCAGCAGCAGCAACAGUGGUAGCAGUAGUACUGGUAAUUCCGGUUCAACAUCAGCGUCGGCGUCAUCAGUGUCAGCCAUAUCAAAUUCUUCAUCUGGUAGUAGUGGUAGUAUUAGUAGCAGCGGUACCGUUGGUCGUCGACAAAUCAAUGAAUUGCCAUGGGGUACCAAAUAUGAAUUAGUUGACGGGGCCUAUGGAAAUUUACGAUUAAUUAAUUUAUCAGUCAGUGAUUCUGGACAUUAUAUUGCUGAAUCGGUACAUUUAGGUCGGUCAUUACGAAUUAAAUACACCAUACGUGUUAGAGGUGAGUUAAUAAUAAUUAUACUGGUAUAA